AUGCUUGCGAAUUGCACAGAGAACGAAAACAAAGAGAGAGCAUUAAUUAGGGAAGAAGAUGAAGAAGAGAAAUGGGAGUUUGCAAGAAAACAAUUAAUGGGUUUUGUUUUGUCUUCCUCCAUUAAUGCGCCGAAUGCUCUGCUCUGCUUCCCACUCUUCAUCAUUAAUGGUUUUGCUCUGUAA